AUGGAUCUCUCUAUCAGUGCUGUGGUAUUCCUGUUCCUCACCUACCAUCUCUGUGAGGCAGGACGUCAAAACGAUAAUCGAGUCCUCACAGUGACCAAUGGUGGGGAGUGGGGAGAAUGGGGAAAAUUUCAAUUAUGUCCUUCAGGAUAUGCAUACGGAUUCUCAUUGAAGGUAAAGGCUUCCUCUCUUUUCCAUGAUGAUACUUCCCUCAAUGGCAUCAGUCUCUAUUGCAGUAGCGGUGCAAUUGUAGAAUCUACUGUCGGACCCUGGGGAGAGUGGACAGACGAUAAGAAAUGCCCCGCCAAGACCUACCUGGUUGCCUUCGCUCUGAGAACGGAAGCCCCAAAAGGGGCAGGUGAUGAUACAGCAGCCAACAACAUCCGUUUCCGCUGUGGAGAUGGGACUGUACUGGAGGGCGAGGGACUGGACUUCGGUACUUAUGGCCAGUGGAGCGAGCGCUGCACCACUGGUGCCAUCUGCGGGAUCCAAACAAAGGUGGAGGCUCCAGCUCCAGGUGAUAGCACAGCACUUAAUGAUGUCAGGUUCGCCUGCUGUGACUGA